UUGUCAAUUUUAUUCUGUACGUUGUCUACCUGUAAAUUGGUUGCCGCUCUAAAAAUAUAACAUUAUUUAAUUAGUAUGUAGAUUUUCUCACAUACCAAGCGAUAGUGAAAUUUUAUUACGCUUGGAAGAAAUAAUGUAGACUUACCGAAUACUUUACGAAGCAUUGCAGAAGAUCUUCAAAAUUGGUGAAAGUGUCAAUAUGUUCCCGUCAAAAAUCCUUAAUUUAUUAAACGUUUUAUCGGCCUUAAUCCUCCGUGGUAUAUGUCUAUCUUGAGCUUCGCAUAUCGCAAAUCUUUCGCGAUGCACCGUUCAGUUGACCAACGUCCGGCGCGCUUCAAACACGCUUCCAUCCGCGCGCGAACAAUUCAAAAAAGAAAAUCUUGUCUAUGCCGCGCGACUAGUGAUGUGCCGUUUUUGUCUGUGAAGCUGCAAUUCGAAACUUUUUCGCCAAGUUUUAUUAUUGGUUUUAAAACUUAACGGUGUUUUAUGGUUAUUGCUGCUGUAUUCGGAUGAAGGAUACAUUACUUUGUUAAAAGCGGAUUUUUCAUUGCAUCGCUGCGCGCACACGGAUUAUCAUGAUAUUGGGGAUAACGGACGAGGUGUCAAUAUGCUGAAAAACAUUGGGCCUAAGGCCCAUCCGACUAGUACGAGAUGGUGACGAUGGAUAGCGACAGCGCGCGCCUCGGCGGGUUCCAUCUGGGCGCGCGCGAGGAGCCGGAGCGGCGCCCGCGCACGCCCUCCGUGUCCUCCCUCUCCCUCUACAAGCAGAAGAUCGACGCGCUCUUCGACGACUCGCGCUCCGUCGCCAGCCUCCCGCAGUAUGCGCCCGGCACCCACCUCACCGACACCAAGGCAACGAUAGACGGUAACGAUGAAAGCUAUUGCCAGAAUAAAAUCAACAAGAUUAACAACACGGUUCAGGAUCGAAUAGAGAGGAUGUUUGCGGAUAUGGCGGGCGAGUCUAGGCAGUCGAUCGAGAGUAUCGGCGUGCACGUGUUCAGUGUGCACUACCUCGGCUCUACUCCUCUUCAGAGCAAGGUCACCAGCCUUUCCGGCCUCCAAACACCACUUAAAGACCUAUACUUUGCCUACAGAAGAAACUGCCGCCAUAAAAGUAACCUCACAGGAAGACUAGAAAUCUCAAAAAGUGGCCUCAAGGUUAGAUAUAAAGGAGAAAAAGGUGACUUAGAACAGUUGAACCCGUUCCCGACGAUAGCAGUAUGGUCUGCCGUCAAAUUCGUCGUACAACCGUCAGAGAAGGAGAACCACGACUUAAGCUAUGCUUUCUUACCUCUAAUCACUGAUCCAGACAAUAUUGACCGUCACGCGUUGUUCAAAACUUUGGAAAUACCUGACAAAAAAUACAUCCUCUCCCACAACGAAAAUUCGCAUUCACCCCUUUUCGCUGUUGUGAUGAGGAAGAUCGGAGUCGCCAAGCAAUUGGAGUGUCAUGGGUUUGUAUGUCAGACGUCCGAGGACGCUAUCGUGAUAGCGGCCACGCUAUACAAAUCUCUGAUGUCACACAUGAGCCGGCAGGGUCACAGCGGUGAUAUGAAGAAACUAAGAAAUCGAAACGGAGUUAGCUGUAUGAGCGUAACGAGUAGUAUAACACAAAAUGAUAUGCCCAUAAGACCACCGCGGAAGAAACGAAGUACAUCUUCUUUAAGUGGUGACAGUGACCGACCUGAUGGUUUCUCAGCCAGUGAGUCUUUUCACGAAAGACCUAAACUGGAAAGGACUAGAAGAAUUUUAGCUGCAGAAGGGUACCGUCUGCCUUCACCACCGCCCUCAAUUUCCCCCGCCGAACCUAAAAGAAUAACAGUCGAAGAGGUCAAAGCCAAAUUAGAUUCCAUAAAGCACGACACGAGUGGAAGCGAUACGCAAGAAUCAAAGAAAUCGAUGGCAAAAGAUUCACUAAGUCCUACUAUUAACGCUAAGAUUUCGAAUCCUCUACCUCUUCAGAGCAGCAGCGAGUCUUCUGUUCGGAGUAAAGUUUCUGAAAAGAUUGAACUAUUUAGACAGUUGGAGAAACGAAAAAACCUUCCGAGGCCACCGACUUUACCCCCUCCUAUUCCAACGAAACCACUUGAAUCGCCCGAUCAUUCGAAAGAAACUCUCAGGAGAAGUCAUAGUGGCAGAAAGUCUCUCAAUGAAUCCGGUGAUAUUCUGACGAAGGUGGCGAUACCCCGCUCAGGCAGUUUCCUCAACGCUGGUGGACUGACCAGAUAUAAAUCUAUUGGACACAGAAACAACGGGAAAAAGGGAGGCGGUUCUCCACUUGGGUUCAACGAACUUUUCAAUGAAUUCAAGGUUCAAGAGAAUUUACACUCGAUGGAUGAAAUACUUAAUGCCAUAAUAGACGCCGAAGGCAUGUCCUUCAACGAUCUGAAACCGAUAUAUAAAGAAUUUCUUUUAAAAUUAGCUGUUACUCUGACGAAAGAUGAAAUAUUCCAACACAGUAAAGCUAUUAUGAAGAAACAGAAAAAGAAAAUUUUAAGAAGAAAUAGUAUAUUCCAAAAUAAGAGGCGAAAGAUAUUCAAAGGAGCUAGUGGUUUACGCAUGGUAUUCAGAAUGCCUUUUGGGAAAGAGUUGCCAAAAAUUGAAAAGACCAACCAUAAAAUCGGUUCCUUUGAUUUACAAACCGUAGCUAACAAAGAACCUAUAUCGGAAAGCUCAGUGUCAACGUCAAGUUACGAUUUGAGGCAGUUUCGUCCAAAGGAGCCACCAAUACCACCACCGAAGCGACAAACUAUGAGGCAACGGAAGCGUACCGAUAAGGUCGUGCAUGUUUCCAAACGAAAUGGAAAGGUUUCGAGACCUGGAGAAAGGACCUCCACUUCUGAAGAUUCCGAUUUUUUAACAUUGAGUAACCGUCUCGGUUGUCAAAACCGUAACAGUUCAAGUGGAUACGUAUCAUGCUCAGAAUGCGAAUCAGAAAGCUGCGUAGAUCGCUGCUACUGCUCACUGAAGGAGGACAGCAAGGCAAAAUGCUACUGCUACGAAGGAGAUGUCAAGAGAGAUUCUUCCAAAACGAGGCUACUUAGUAAAAGCAAAAACUGCAAAGACUGUUCCAAGGACGUUUACGAUGGCGACUUCAGCUACUGCUCGUGCGACUCCGAGUCGUGCGCCGACAGCAACAAGUGCUACUGCGCGGCCGAGUACCAACGCGAGCGCUACGCUUCCUACCAGACAAAAUCCAGAUCGAGCGCCACUUCCAAAUCAAGACGUUCAGAGCGCAGCCGGCGAGCGCGCAGCUCGGAUAGCCUGGCGCUUGACUACGAGCUGCUGCUGCAGAACAAGGCCCGCGACACACGGCCCGCCUCGCGUAACCUACAGCGCCUCACAGUGAGAAGCACCGGUGCCGGUUCCCAAGACGCCCUGAGCGUGAAGAAGUCCGCCGAGAUGGCCGCCCUGUUCGCGGACGUUCGGCUCUCGCAGCGCACGGACGUGCGCUCGCUGAUGGGCGGGUCGCGGCGCGCGCGGCCGCCGCCGCUGCCGCCCGCGCCCGCGCCCGCCCGCGCCCCGCUCGCGCGCAUGUUUGACCACCGCCCGCUCAGCAGGAACGCGAGCCUUGAGGACACGCUCGGAUAUUUGCCAUGAUUGAGGGGGCGGAGGGUCAGGAUGGUUUGUCGGUUGGCGGUAAUUAUGGAAUAGGUUCGGUGUGUUACGAAAGCUCUAGGCGUGGAACUGGACUUGUUUUAAGCGGGGCAUCCGUUGAGUAAGUAUCACAUUUAUUGGUAAAGUUUUUUUUCAGAGACCCCCCACUGUGAUUUGUCACCCCACCGUUUGUCUGAUGCUCGAGUGAUAGUAAUAAUCAAAAUUAAACCCGGCCAAUACCUAUUUAUAUCUAGAGGUACUUAUUGUACAAUCACUUGGAGGACCUUAAAGCGUCCGGUUGUUUUAUGUGAUAAACGUAGCGUUGAACGCACGAUCAACGGAAUGUAGGAAGAAUGACAAUGCGCUUACCGCUGCCUUUACCGCGUAAAACAAUGUAUGGUCAUUAGAUUAUCUGGUGUAAAAUGAUGUGUGCCAAAAGCAUCGCGUUGAACGCUGCGUUUAUUGCAUGAAACAACCGCGCGCUUAAGGGACUAAUACGUUCGAUCAUCUUUGGGGUUUUGUAACGAUCUUAGUGGAUGCCAUGCAAAGACACGGUGCGCCUGAUGAUUUUUGGUACUGAACUUGAAAACUUAUUUAAUUUACUUUGAGUUUGUCAAAUAUAGAUAACAAUGUUGAUAAAACGUUUUGUACAGUUGGUACAAUUCUUGUUACAGCAACCAGCGCUUAAGAAUAUAGUUUCUCAAAAUGGCUAGGCGCAUAAAUAAUGAAAAAUGCCUAUUAGGAACAAUGUGUUUGUUUGUGGUAAUCUAGUAAUUAAUUUGUUUAGUAAAUGUAUAUAAGUUUCGUUUCUGUAGCCGUUUAUAUAUUAUCUAAUUGGCGUGUACUUGAAUUGUACCAAAUGUUAUAAAAAAAAAUCCGUUCAUCUUAACUUAAUAAUUAGUAAUUUUAUUUUAAUAUUAGCGGGUCUCAUUCUGGCACUACUGAUAUUAAAAUAAGAACUAUAUUAAGAUAAAUAGCGUAAGUCAUCUAAGAUGCCAGUGUUUGUUGAAUGAAUUAAACCUUCAUCAUUAAAAUGUGAUUUAACAUAAGAGCUAAAAUCUGUACAGAUAUCAAUAAAAAUGCAAAAAGAAGAAUAUACUCAAAACAAUCUGCAAAAGCUCUUCGCAUAUUGCGUAUAAUUUUGACCAUGACUUAUUCUGCUGGCUGUCCCAAAACUUCAAACCUAUCUCAUGCGUAUACCACCUUAUUAUAUAAAUAAGGAUUUUAAGUAUAUCGAUAUAAGUGAUUAGAACUAUGUAUGCAGUUAUUUAUUGUUGGAAAUAACCUUAUUAUACAUAGGUGAAAUAUUUUUGAGUCAAUUUAUUUAUAAUAUACACGGGUGAUGUGUAAUAUUUUUUGAGAAUAAGGUACACUUUUAUGUACUUUCUUAUGAAUUAAUUUACAGUCAACUUUUUAAGUGCUUACGACGACAUUUCCUCAAUAAAUCAGAAAAUCGAUAUUACUAUCGGAUAAGUGAAUAAAAUGACGCAGUUUCAAUGAUAUUGUUAAAGAACAAAAAACCCGGUUAAAUUGGCGUGCAUGGAUUGAAUACACCAAAAAUUGAUAAUAUCUGCACUAUGUAAGGUAGAGGUAAGGAAUACAACAAUCUCCAUGCACCAAAAAGUAUUCGGUAAAAAAACCUAGUAAUAGUAAUAGCCAGCGCACUUCACUACGUCAAUAACGCCUAGGUUCUUAGCUACUUUAGCGCUACUCUGGAGAUAUUAUGAACUAUUAUUUAUAGCUGACAGCUGGACACUUGCAACAGCUCUGCCUAUGGAGAUUGUAUUAUUUACCUCUGCCUUCCAUAAUCUGUACCUUUUCGUGUUAAAAGUGUAAUCUCUAAAUAGCGACACUCAAGGGUCCGGCCACUUUUUGAUGUUAUAGAGAGUUUUCGUUAAAUAUAGAGAAGUUAAUAUUAAAGUAAACCAACUAGACCAAAAAUUGUCGAUGUUCUCGAUAGUGAAACGUUAUAUCAAGUGUCGUUAUAUGGAGUUCACACUGUAGUUAUGAGACAAGCCAGCUCUCAUUGAGAGAAGAUGGUAUUCAUUUAUUUCAUUCUAUGCGCGCUGUCUUGAAUUUACACCAUCACUUCGGUAAAUGGACAAUGGUAAUGGACUUGUAAAAAAUACUGUACGUUAGCAAAUAAGCUUAUUUUUAUGCCUCGGCCACAUAAAAAAAACACUCGGAGCAAACUGGUUCGACGUUGAUGUCGACAGCAAUGACAUACAAAUGCGAAAAACAAAUGUUGUAGAUGCUGCUAGCAUCAAUGUCAAGCGAAUUCGCUUGGAGCGUUUUUUUUUGGCUUUUGGGUUAACGUUACCGGCUCCUUUAUAUUGAUCCUAAGGUUGGUAAGCUCCUACACCAACUUUGGGGGCAAUGUUGGCAGCGUUGGCCAAACGUUGGAAGGGGCCGAUAGGCGGUCGUGCAUUUUUUACCAUGUAACUGUGCAAUUUUAGUGCAAUAUUUACUGCUCGUAUGAUAAGUGCUGGCUCACUCGCCAGAUGCAAUAUUAUGAUGUAAAUAAUUUGUUUACUGAGUUUUUUAAUAAAUCUUACUUAUGAA